AAUUGAUAUUUUAAAACUGAACGAUUAGAAUUGAAUGUGUUUUACUAUUGAAUAUAGAACUUUAAAACCUCAAGUUGAAAAAACUGUUUGCAACGAUCGUAGGUUUUAGAUUUUUUCGAAUUUUUCUUCUGCACCAGUACGUUAUUGUGUCGUUUUGCGUUUCUUGGUUGUUAAUGUCUUGUUUUCUUGUACUUAGAAAUUUUUCUAGUCAUGGCUAACAAUAUGAAAUUAUACAAUAGCUUUAACGGAAUUGACUCUAAAAGUCCUUUUUUGAUUGGAGUUGCUGGUGGAACUGCAUCUGGCAAGUCCACAGUGUGCCAGAACAUUAUGGACAAAGUGGGUCAAUAUUCCGUAGAUCACCAACAGCGACAGGUGAUUUGUAUUAGCCAGGAUAGUUUCUACAAGGAACUGACCAAUGAGGAAAAGCAAAAAGCAGCCAGAGGGAAAUACAACUUUGACCAUCCUGAUGCAUUCGAUAAUAACCUUAUGCAUAAAGUACUAAUGGAAAUCCUAGCUGGAAAAGUGGUACAAAUACCUGUGUAUGAUUUUAUAUCUAAUUCUCGCAAAAAAGAUGAAUCCAUUACUGUCCAGCCUGCAGAUGUGGUGUUAUUUGAAGGAAUUUUAGUGUUUUACUUUCCAGAAAUUAGAAAUCUUUUUCAUAUGAAACUCUUUGUAGAUACUGAUCCAGACACAAGGCUAUCUCGAAGAGUUCUUCGGGAUACUCGAGAAAGAGGAAGGGAUUUGGACCAAAUAUUGAAACAAUAUACAACCUAUGUGAAACCUGCUUUUGAAGAUUUCUGCUUGCCUACUAAAAAAUAUGCUGAUGUUAUCAUUCCUAGGGGAGCUGAUAAUGAAGAUCACAAGUUGAGUUAAUUAACAUGAUUAGUAAGUGAAAUCAGCAAAAAAAAAUUUCUUUUUUAAAAUCAAAAAACUGAUGCCAAUAAUUUUGACACAAGGGUUUUUAGGAUCUAAAUUUUUUCUGCUAAAAUAUGUUCAUAACUUUCUAAAUAACACUUCCAGCACAAAGUGGGAAGAUGAAUCAAGGAGAUAUCUUAGUAUAUACACAUCAGAUAUAUAUAUAUAUAUUUAAAAAAAAAAAGAUACACUUGUGUUAAAUGUUUUAAAUGAAACUAUCAUAUAAUUUUCAAACUUUUCUCUUAGCCCCAGGCUUUGGGGACUGUUAAGGACUGCUCAGUUUUAUAUCUCUAGUUGGAGUUUUUAAAAUAAUGAAAGUAAUUGAUCUUCCAUUUCAUGUUUAUUUCUGAUUCAAAUUUUCAUGUUUCAUUCUUUCUUUUGUGAUUUCAAUGCCAUCUAUGAGCAUAAAAAUUAAAAAAUAUUGUUCAGAUUUGUGUAAUUUUUGCUGAUGAAUCUGAAAUGAGAUUUUUAAUUCAGAUAAAGUAGAUCUCCACUUUUCACCUAGGAUGAGGGUUGGAAAGGUUGACUUUAGAAUCUUUUAUGUAACUUUUUGUUCAAUAAUAAUCACGUGAGUUUUUUUAUGUCUAAUGUGUAUUCUUAAGAUAUUUAACUGUUCUGGGACUUUUUACAUACCAUAUGUAAAAGUAUUCACUCUACAAAUAUUUUUCACGCUAGUUUGUGUUGGGUAUUAAUACCUUUUUUGCUGGUAGUGCUUUAAGUAUAUUAUAAAAUAUUGCUAAUGUGCUAAAUUUUAAACACUUUCGUAUUGCUAUUGACUGCAUUUUUUUCAUUCGACACUUCAUGAACUAAUUGCAGAUUAACUUUCUAAAUUAAUUGUUUAAAAUAUUUUUAUUUGCAGUAUCUUACCCAGUUUUCCAUAAUAUAGUUGAAACUUACUUUAAAACAUUUAGUUUCUUGGAUGAAUUCAUAAGAUCUUUUUCAAAUUAGAUGAUUUUCAAAUUAGAGGAUUUUAUAGUUUAAACUUUCCAACAUUAAGCUUUUUCUUACUAAAGUUAAGUAAAUAUUUACUGAAGUAAAUCUUCUAAAAUGUUUUGAAAUAUAUUUCUUUUGUUAUAAAUUUAAUUUAUACAUAGAAAAUUCAAUUUUGUUUUGUUCUUUUGCAUUUUGUUUUAUCUUUAAUAAAGUGUGAAUAAUUUAUCUGGAUUUUAAAAGUAUAAUACUAUUUAUGCAUUAUAAAUGUAUUGUAAUGUAUUGAUAAUGGUGUAAAAAUUCAUUAAAAAAUGUGAAUUAUGAAAAUAAUAUAAAUUUAACUUGUUAACGGGUGAUAUUUUUUAGUUCAUUCUAUUAUGUGCUAAGCUGAGCACUUAGAAAACUCAAGGGAUAUUUUUAUUUUUUUCCCUAAAUUGAAAAUAUAAAUGAAGCCGUAAUACAUAACCAUUAAUUUUUUUCCAUAUAUAUUUCUUAAAGUUGUUAAUUUUCUUAUCUAACAUUUCUUAGUUAAAAUUUAUUUUGAGCUAUUUCAUUUUAAUGUUUACAGACUUUGAGAAACAAAUUGUAGGUAAAUAAUGAUUGAUUGGGAAAGGAAAAAACAAUUUUUUUGAAUAUGUAC